UAGCGCUCAGUUAUUUAUUAAAUCUGCGCUUGCUUCAAAACACAAGUAACUAUUUAUUCGUGAAAAUAAAGCUCCCAUCGAGUAGUGCUUUGCAACAUUCACUUGUUUGCUCGUCCCCAUUUUUACUACAGUCGCGCCGGUUCUGUGAAAACAGUGCGAAGUGUACCUUUUUAAACAGAACGGAAAUAAAAAGUAUAAAAGCGUUGUCUGCAAAAGGAAUAACUAUAUUAUCGCUAUGAAGGUUUGUUGUAUUGGCGCUGGCUAUGUUGGAGGCCCCACAUGCGCUGUUAUGGCCCUCAAGUGUCCUGAUAUUAGCAUAACGCUCGUAGAUAAAAGUUCUGAGCGCAUUGCACAAUGGAAUUCGGAUAAAUUGCCAAUUUAUGAGCCCGGCUUGGAUGAUGUGGUGAAGCAGUGUCGGAAUGUUAAUCUAUUUUUCUCAACGGACAUUGAUACGGCCAUUAGAGAAGCAGAUCUGAUCUUUAUAUCCGUUAAUACGCCCACGAAAACUUGUGGAAAUGGCAAAGGUCGAGCGGCGGAUCUGAAGUACGUGGAGAGUGCCGCGCGCAUGAUUGCCGAGAUAGCGCAGUCAAACAAGAUUGUGGUGGAGAAGAGCACGGUUCCGGUGCGUGCUGCCGAGAGUAUAAUGCACAUUCUGCGAGCUAAUCAGAAACCGGGCAUACACUACGAUAUACUGUCGAAUCCCGAGUUUCUGGCCGAGGGAACGGCAAUCAAUGAUUUACUGAAUGCGGAUCGUGUCCUGAUUGGUGGUGAGGAGACGACUGAGGGUCAUAAGGCUGUGGAAAAACUGUCGUGGAUAUAUGAACACUGGAUACCCAAGAAAAAUAUAUUAACCACGAACACCUGGAGCUCCGAACUGUCCAAACUUGCGGCAAAUGCUUUUCUGGCUCAGCGCAUCUCCAGUAUUAAUUCUUUGUCAGCGGUGUGUGAGGCGACGGGCGCAGAUGUCUCGGAAGUGGCACGCGCCGUUGGGCUAGACUCACGUAUCGGUUCCAAGUUCCUGCAGGCCUCCGUGGGCUUUGGUGGUAGCUGUUUCCAAAAGGACAUACUUAAUUUGAUCUACAUAUGCGAGAACCUAAAUCUGCCUGAGGUGGCGGCCUAUUGGCAACAAGUAAUCGACAUGAAUGAGUAUCAGAAGCGUCGCUUCUCGCAGAAGAUUAUCGAGAGUCUUUUUAACACCGUUUCGGAUAAACGCAUUGCCAUCUUAGGGUUUGCCUUCAAGAAGAACACUGGCGAUACCCGUGAGACAGCGGCAAUUACGGUAUGCCAAACGCUACUGGAGGAAGGCGCCAAACUAGACAUUUACGAUCCCAAGGUGGAACCCGAGCAGAUCAUCGAUGAUCUGACACAUCCCACAGUGACGGAAUCUCCGGAAAAUGUGAAAAAGGCCGUGCAGAUACACAGCGACCCGUACAGUGCAGUGCGUUCCACACACGCCAUUGUCCUCUGCACAGAGUGGGAUGAAUUCGUCGAUCUGGACUAUCGGCGUAUUUAUCAAUCGAUGAUGAAGCCGGCGUACAUUUUCGACGGACGCAAGAUUCUUGACCACGAGCGAUUGCAGCAAAUCGGUUUCCAUGUGCAGACCAUUGGCAAGAAGUAUCAGCGGGCAGGUUUAUUGCGCUCCUGGGGAAUUGUGCCACAACUGUAGGAACGACAGAUCAAUGCAAUGAAUGCUAUAUGAUGACAAUAUAACGGACGUCGCAAUUGCAUUUUAGUGCUUAAGACUAAAGUUUCCAAGAUUUUUCCAGUAUUUACGACACUACCAAUUGUAAAUAUGCCUUUGUGUGUUUUUAUAGAUAAAGUAUUUCGCUAGGUACGCCUAAGUAUUCAUACUCUAGAUACUACCUACAUACAUACUUAUGUAGGUCCUCUAUGUAAGCGUCUACAGUUGCAAUAUAGAGACUUAAGAUAACAGCUGUCCAACUAGUUCAGGCGUGUCUGUAUACCUUCAUGCAUUAAACAAGCAUUUCAAGGACUAAUGAGUGUAUUUUUGCAUGAACAUUUUAUACAAUAAAUGUAACAACAAAUAUUUAAAUCUGAUCCA